AUGAUGGCAAACAUAAAUGAUAUCGAAAAAAUUGUUAUUCCAACGGAAGGUGUUGGAUCAGUACCUCGUACUGAUGAUUUAAUGAUAGCUCAGCGCAACUAUCAUGAUGGAAGAAUUAAUCUUGAUCGCUUAAAUGAUUAUUAUAAAAGAGCUACGCAACUAACUAUCGAAGAACUGGAGAAUACAGGAUCGCCAGUAAUGACAGAUGGUGAACAAACAAAACCUUCAUUUUUAACUUAUCCAAUUUUUGCUAUGUUUAACGAAUAUUAUCAAUUUACAUCAGAUUGUUUUUCGCUUAAGUUUGCAGAUGGACAUCAAAGGUUAUUACCACGCUUGAUUAAAGCUCCAUUUCGGUAUGCUAUAUAUGCUCACAGUUAUGUUGAUGCUGCAAAACAAAUUACUCAAUUACCAAUUAAACAAGCAGUAAUUACACCAUCGGCCUUAUCAAUGAUUUAUCCAAAAGCUACUAUACGAGGUUAUUCUCAUGAGCAGUUUUUGAAUGAUUUGAUUGAUGAAUCUGAAAGAGACAUUCGGCUAUGUUUGGAUAGUGGCGCUUAUUGUGUUCAACUUGAUUUUACUGAGGCUCGUUUCUCACUCAAACUUGAUCCAACUGGUCAAUUAUUACGUGAUUUUGUUCAAAUCAAUAAUCAAGUAUUGGAUCGAUUUGGAUUUCACGAACAACAUCGACUUGGUGUUCAUGUUUGUCCAGGUGGAGAUCUAGAUUGUUAUCAUUCGUUUGAUGUUGACUAUCUACAAGUUCUACCAACUCUAUUCGAAUUGCAUGUCAGUAAUUUUUAUCUACAACUAGCAAGUGAACCAAAUCACGAACGGGUCUUAGUAUGUAUUCGUAAGUAUAUGAAACCAUGGCAUCGAAUUUUUGUUGGCGUUAUCAAUCCAAUAGAUCCGAUUGUGGAAACACCAGAACAAGUGUGUGCUAGAGUUUUAGAAGCAGCAAAAUACAUACCGGUAGAACAAUUGGGUACGACUGAUGAUUGUGGUUUUUCUCCAUUUGAUGAUGAUCAAUCGACUUCAAGAAAAAUUGCUUUUGAUAAGAUUCGAGCAAGAGUUCAAGGCACACACAUGGCUGAAGAUCAACUAAUGAUGAGAAAAUUGAAACACCUGUGA